ACAGUCGUCACCGGUCCGUCGCCAGCCGCGCGCCGCGACAGCUUCUCUAAUGCCAUCGCUUGGCUGCGCCGGCGCGGUGAGUAGUUGUGUGCGUGACUGUACCGACCGCAGCUCGCGGCCGCUGGGGAGUCUGCGCUCGCAAGUCGAGUUUCCGCGCCGUGUCCUGAGCAGGUGCGAGCAUCCGCACAGAACUCUCGCGCACCCUUGCAGCCUUUGAGGGGGAUGUUGGAAAGGGGAGUGGCAUGCUGGUAGGCCAGGAGGCGUCGUAGGUCGGCUGUUGGGACUCUGCCCACCAUGACCGACGUCCACGAGCGGCCGCUGGCCAACGAGAAGCACCUGCUCAUGCUGGAGAUGAACCAGUGCGGCAGCAGUGGCGGUGGCAGCGGCGGCUCCGGCGUCACGACCAUGGCCAAGGGAAAGGGCGUGGUGAUGGCGAACCGGGACGACACACUGCCGGAGCGCGGCACAUGGGCCAGCAAGCUGGACUUCAUCCUGUCGGUCGUGGGGCUCGCCAUCGGCUUGGGCAACGUCUGGAGAUUCCCGUACCUCUGCUACAAGAAUGGCGGCGGCGCCUUCCUCAUACCCUACUUCCUCACGCUCAUCCUGGCGGGCAUCCCCAUGUUCUUCAUGGAGCUGGCUCUGGGCCAGAUGCUCACCGUGGGUGGCCUCGGAGUAUUUAAGAUCGCUCCUAUUUUCAAAGGUAUUGGAUAUGCGGCAGCAGUUAUGUCAUGCUGGAUGAACGUCUAUUACAUAGUCAUUUUGGCAUGGGCUAUUUUUUACUUCUUCAUGUCACUUAGAUCAGAUGUGCCGUGGCGGUCGUGCAGCAACUACUGGAACACGCCCAACUGCGUGAAUGCUUACGAAAGGGGUAACCUCACGUGCUGGGAGCAACGUUACAAUGUAUCGACAGUAACGAAGAUAUGUGCAGUCAACCAACACAACAUAUCGGUCAAAGACUUGACAGAUCCUGUAAAGGAAUUUUGGGAACGCCGCGCACUGCAGAUCUCGGAAGGAGUGGAGUAUGUCGGCAACAUCAGAUGGGAGCUGGCAGGCACCUUGCUGCUGGUGUGGGUCAUGUGCUACUUCUGCAUUUGGAAGGGCGUCAGAUGGACUGGAAAAGUGGUCUACUUCACAGCUUUGUUUCCGUACGUUCUGCUGACCAUCCUUCUCAUCAGAGGCGUGACUCUGCCCGGGGCAGCAGAGGGCAUCCGCUUCUACAUCAGUCCAAACCUUUCAAAACUACAGGAGUCUGAGGUUUGGAUUGAUGCUGUUACACAAAUUUUCUUCUCAUAUGGGCUUGGAUUAGGUACGUUGGUCGCCCUGGGAAGUUACAACCAUUUCACCAAUAACGUGUACAAAGAUGCUCUCAUUGUAUGCUCCGUCAACUCCAGCACAAGCGUUUUUGCUGGUUUCGUCAUAUUUUCCGUGGUGGGUUUCAUGGCCCAUGAGCAACACAAACCAGUAGCUGAAGUCGCCUCAUCAGGCCCGGGACUGGCUUUCCUCGCGUAUCCUUCAGCAGUGUUACAGCUUCCUGGUGCACCAGUGUGGUCGUGCUUGUUCUUCCUCAUGCUGCUGUGCAUCGGACUCGACAGCCAGUUUUGCACAAUGGAGGGCUUCGUUACUGCAAUGGUAGAUGAAUGGCCUCAUUUGCUGCGCCGGCGAAAGGAAAUAUUUAUUGCCAUUGUAUGUUUCUUGUCUUAUUUGGUUGGACUUUCUUGUAUAUCACAGGGAGGAAUGUAUGUAUUUCAAAUUCUGGAUUCCUAUGCAGUGAGUGGGUUUUGUUUACUGUUUCUAAUAUUUUUCGAAUGCAUAUCCAUUUCAUGGGCAUUCGGUGUAAACAGAUUUUAUGAUGGAAUCAAGGACAUGAUUGGCUAUUACCCAUUUAUGUGGUGGAAGUUUUGUUGGACGAUUGCAACUCCUAUGAUUUGUUUGGGUGUCUUCAUAUUUAAUUUAAUUCAAUGGACUCCUAUUAAAUACCUCGACUACGAGUAUCCAUGGUGGAGUCAUUUCAUAGGUUGGAUUACUGCUUUAUCGUCCAUGAUGUGCAUACCAGGGUAUAUGGUUUACCUCUGGGUAAGAACACCUGGAGAUUUAGCCACGAAAAUCAAACUCUUAGUUCGAAUAGAAGAUGAUGUUCGAACGCUUCGAGGGAAGAUGGCAGGUGGUGGUUCAGAAAUCACAGUCCUGUAAAAAAAAAAACAGAUGUUCAAGCAGCUAUACAACAGAAAUGAACACAGAAAUAAGAGUUUUUGAGAGUGUUUUGAAUUUGACUGCUGCAACCGUUUCUGCAGUGUUGUAGUGAGUUUUGGGGGACAUUUAAGUUAACGAUCAAGUACCUACUGAACAAAUAAUUCAAACAGUGAAAGCUAUUUCUUGAAAAAAAGUGUUCGUUUACUUACUUCAUUUAUAUUAGUUGUAGUUAAUGAUAGUGUUUAAAUAUGAUUUUAUUUGGCAGUAAUGUUAAAGAGAUGUGGUUUUCUUAUGAGAGUAACUUUAGUGGAGAGUUGUGGCUUUCCUAAACAGAGCUUUGUUCUGAAUCAGAGCAUUUGUCAGUGUUGGCACAUAUAUGUAGUGAAAAGUUAUCUACCAAAUAUUUGUAUUUGUAUUAUAGUUAACGAAAAACUCUAUCUAUGUGAUGUGAAUUUACCAUUUUGUUUGGUAACCCAGAAAAUUUGUUAUUUACAUUUCAUAGCCUAAUUAGUGGCAUCGAUAAAAAAAAAUUGAGUCCCAAAGCCAAUAUAAACAUUUUUUUUUUUGUUAUUUUUAUAGAAGCAUUGAUUGUUUUGCAAUUUGUAUGUCUAACACUUGUGUGAUAUUAUAUUUUUACUAAAACUUUUGCUUUGCUUUUUACCUUUCUCCUCUAUGUUUUACGUAGUACUAAUUAACAUAUUCGUUUAAGUGUUUGUGAUUUGCUGUUACACAAGUAUGUUUUUCUUUGUAAGCUUCAUAACAGUUUUAUUUAUGAAGUCUGUUCAGUUUGGCAAUUUCAGGUUUGUGUUUGGAACAUGUGUAAAGUAAUAACAUUUUUAUUUUUUUCCUCAAAAUUUUUGUUAGGAAUAAGGAAGCACUAAUUCAAAUUUCCUACAACAAUGUACUUGAGUGAUAGAUAUUUACAUACAUUGUUAGUUUAUAUAGAGUUAGAGCAAAUUAAACUUAUGUUACCACUUUUCUUGUACAGUUAAAACAGUUUUAAGACGUGUACAUAAAUAUGGAUGUUUCUUAAUACUGUAGGAUGGUUCGUAUAAUUAAAUGUAGUUUAUAUUAGUGUAGCCACUUAAAACAAGCAUAGCUGCUUCGAUCUCAUGCCCUGUAAUUCAUCAAUCAUGACUCUGUUUUGUACAUAUUGUAGGUUUGUUGUACUAAUUGUCUUGUAUUAAUAAAUGAGUGCAUGUGUGUGUACCAUACGUAGUUUAUUCCGUGGGAAUAUUUGUAAUGUUAUUGACAAUUUUUCAAUUCAUUCGGUUAUUUUGAAUAAAACAAUGCUAUAAUUCAUUGUGUACUUUCUAAACAAGGUAUGUUGUAAGAUGAAUCAUAAAUUCUAAAAUUAGCGCUACAUGUACCUACUUGCAUUCAUUGAUUAAUCAAGUGCUGUUAUAGUUAGAAAUUAAAAUUUCAUUCAGACCAAGAAUAUUAUAAAUUCUCUGUUUGGUCCCAGUGGAAAAUCAGAUUUUUAAAAGCAGCGGCAUUUAAACUUCUAAUUUUUCAUUAAAGAGGUAAUAUUCUACUUCCACAUCUUUUUUUUUUUUAGUUACAGCUUGAUAACAAAUUGCUAUUCACAUAAAUAAAAAAUUAUUGCACAUGUUUGUGGCCUUUAAAUUUGUUUUAUGAUCAACUGUUUUCCAACCCAGACUUAAAAGUAAAUAUAGGUCAAAUGUAGAUCAAAUUUUUUAAUCUAAUUACGUGAGGAAAAGCAAGUUGUCUAUAUCAUUCUUGGCAUCACUUGAUCGAAUAGCGCCUUUCCAUGUCUAGGAAAAAAAAUUUCUGGAAAACGUAUUUAACUUGCAUUAUAAUAACUUAAAUAAUGUAGCUUAUAUAAAAAUGAUUUAUUUGAUAGUUGAUAAAGCGUAUGGAUUAUCAUCCAAGCUUUUCACUAAUUCGAGAGAGAAAGAAAGAUUCAAGGAUGCCAGCAUAUUUAAAUUUUAGAACUACAUUACUAGUGAAAUGUGUAAUAAAAUGUUUUAUUGACUUACAAAUGAAAUCGGAUCAAACCCGGUUGUAGAAAUUAUUAAUGUAUUGUGUUCAAAGCAUUUAAGGAAACUGUUUAUAAGCAAAUUGAUGUAGAUUAAUAAAAAAAAUUAAAAGCUGUUUUUAAGAAA